UUCAGCUUCAUCACAGAGUCGGUCAGAAAGACAUACCGCAUCUGGGACAAAAUGUGGCUUCGAGAGGAGCUUUUAAAAGCUAUCUGGCACGCAUUUACAGCCUUGGACCUGGAUCACCGUGGAAAAGUUCCCAAAUCUCAGUUAAAGGUGCUGUCCUACAACCUGUGCACAGUGAUGAGGAUCCCUCAUGACCCCGUAGCCUUUGAGAGGCACUUCAAAGAUGAUGAUAAGGGGCCUCUGUCCAACGAGGGCUACAUGCCGUAUGUCAACAGGUUUAUUCUUGACAAGGUGCAAGAGGAUUUUGAUGUAGUUGAGUUCUACAGGGUGUGCUGGACUCUGUGUUACAAGGCGAAUAUACACACUCACCGUCUGCUCAUCUCAGAUAAUGAUGCUUUCAAAGUAUGGGGCAUUUUCAACUUUCUUUCAGAAGACAAAUACCCUCUAGUCAUCGUCAUUGAAGAGGUCGAGUACAUCUUGCGAAAGCUGAUGGAGGCCAUGGGGAUUGGAUGGAGUGAAGAGAAAUUUGCAGAUUACAAGCUACAGAUGAACACAAAGAGCUGCCUGACCACCUGGGAGCUGAUUGAACUGGUGGGGUUAAAUUACUUCAGCCAUGGCGUGGACCGAAAGACUCUGUCCAUGGGCAUCAACGAGGUCUUCACUGAACUCAUACUGGAUGUCCUCAAGCAGGGUUACAUGAUAAAGAAGGGCCACAGGAGGAAGAACUGGACCGAGCGAUGGUUUGUCCUUCGACCCACCUCGCUGUCAUACUAUGUCAGUGAGGAUCUCAUGGAGAAGAAGGGAGACAUUACUCUGGACCAAAGCUGCUGUGUUGAGUCUUUGCUUGAUAAGGACGGGAAGAAAUGUCUUUUUAUCAUCAAGUGCACCGAUAAAAGCUUUGAGAUCAGUGCACCAGACAAAAAGAAGAAGCAGGAAUGGAUUCAAGCCAUUCAGACGUGCAUCCAGCUGCUGAGGUUGGGACUGUUGUCUCCUCACCGUGAGGCCCGGCUGCGGCGCCGCGAGCUUCGCCAGAGGCAGCAGGUGGAGGAGGAGGACCUAGCAGAAAGGAUGAAGAAGCUCCAGGCAGCCAAUGAGAACAAACAGAGACAGCUGGAGGAGAUGAGGAUGAAAAUGGAAGAGGCUGCAGCCAAAGCAACACUUGAGGAGCUCAGGAGGAAUAAGGCUCAGUUAGACCUGCAGGAUCGCUACAGACUGGACCUGGAGAGAGAAAAAAUGGUGCGACAGCAGAUGGAGGAGCAGGUGGCUCAGAAGUCCAGCGAGCUGGAGCAGUACCUGCAGCGCGUCCAAGAGCUCGAGGACAUGUACCACCGCCUGGAAGAAGCCUUAGAGGAUGAAAGGCAGGCCAAGCAGGACGAAGAGGCCAUGCGAAAGCUGCAGGCCAGGCUGCUGGCGGAGGAGGCAGCAAAGAGGGCAGAGCUGGAGCAGAUCCACCUGCAGCAGCAGAGGGCGCUGUCUCAGACCCAGGCAGAGAAGCAGGAGCUGAUGGAGGACCAGCUGGCCAAAGAGAGAGACCUGCAGGUGGCCAUGCAGCAGCUGGAGAGGCUGGAGAAGGAGCGGCAGGGAGCACGGGAGCAGUAUGAGGUGGUGUCGAGGAAGCUCGAGCGAGCAGCUAACAAGACUAAGACAUGGAAAGACAAGGUGGCCAAUCAUGAGGGGCUGGUGCGGCUCAUCCAGCCAGGUCAUAAAGGACCUCAGAGGAUCACUAACUGGGGUCCGGCGUCGUUCACCGAUAUAGAGCUGGAGAUGAGGAAGAAGUCAUGGCAGGACAGUAAGAACCAGGGAGCUCCGACUCAGUGAAAGUGGGAUCUGGAAGACUCAGUCUGGGUCCAGAGUCUCCCACUGGUUCACUUGUCAUGGAUUAAAAUCAUAAGUGAGCAGCUAGUUAUCAGUUUGGAUACUUAUUGAUAUAAUAAAACAUUAGAUAAUAAAUACCAUGUACUAAGUAGUGAAUGUGCAGUGAAUUCAGAUAUAUAAUAUUUUUGGUCAGAUAAAAACAUUUUCAUUCAUUUUUUAAAAUUUCAUUUAAUACAUUUUUCCACCAUUAGUACUUCUCAUUGCAUUAAAUGUUUGAAGAACUACUUUACAUUUUUAAAUUGUUGUGUUUUACUCAAAGUUAUUAUAACACAAAUAACUACUGUUUGUUUAGUGCUUAUGAGGGUUAAAGCAUUUUCUAUACCAUAUCAGUUUUAUUUGCUUAAAUUAAGUCAAUUAUAAAAGCUAUAAUAAACAUGAUUGAAAGUAAAACUUCCUUUAUCAUCAAA